AAAUAUAAUCAAGAAAAAAGAACAAACAAAACGCAGCGUUUCACCAUAGUCGUAGGUUUUCUUCAGCUCAGCUCCUACAGUGUCAUUCCUGUGUGUGGCUAAUUUGGUGCUGAAACCCCAACUCUGAGGAACAACAAGACCCAAAAUCAAAACCAUGACGGAUUAUGAACAAGAGCAGGAGAUGGAAAUUGAGGCAUUGGAAGCAAUACUCAUGGAUGAUUUCAAAGAAAUUCACUCGGGUGAGAGUGGGUUAAAUGCUACCAAGAGGUGUUUUCAGAUAACACUGUCUCCGCUGGAUGAUGAGGCAGAUGAGUUAACUACGGCUCCAGUUCAGCUGGGUUUGAUUUUCUCACACACAGAAAAAUAUCCAGAUGAGCCUCCACUCUUGAACGUGAGAAGUUUACGAGGUAUACAAGGAGAACAUCUCAGAAUUUUGAGAGAAAAGCUUCAGCAAGAGGCAUCUGAAAAUCUUGGUAUGGCUAUGAUCUAUACGCUAGUUACAUCAGCUAAAGAAUGGCUUUCUGAGCAAUAUGGUCAAGACACUAGUAUUGAGGAUGCUAUAGCAGAAGAAGCAGCAAAGGAUGAUAUAAUUGUACCACAUGGAGAGCCAGUUACUGUUGAAACUUUUCUGGCAUGGAGAGAGAUGUUUGAAGCAGAGUUGGCACUUGAACGAGCCAAGUUAAUGCCCGAGUCUGCACUUUCAGCUCCCAAGGAAAAGAGGCUCACAGGCAGACAGUGGUUUGAAUCUGGAAGAAAUGCAGCGAAAGGUGCAGCCGCAGCCGCAGAAGGUUCUGAUGAAGAAGAUGAUGAAGAUAUUGACUUCGAUGACGAGGACUUUGAAGAUGAUGAAGAUGAUAUGCUUGAGCACUAUUUGGCUGCUGAAAAAUCCGACUCAUCCUCACACUCAUCCAGGAGAGCAGCUAAUUGAAGUCUUAAUGCUGUUGUUUUGUUGAAGAACGCACUCACGUUUGCUUUAUCUUGGUAUUUAUUAUGUGCCUUAUCUUUAUCCUCAAUGACAAAGAGGAGAUUAGGUCUGUGACCGUUAUUCUUAAUAGAUAGCCCACAGAAGGUGGAUUUUGAAAUCAGAAAACAAUUGCCUUGUAAUUGAGAAGCAUGUAGUUUUUGGUGCAGAAUAUCGACUAGAUAUAUAUACCUGUCCAAUUAAAAUUUUCAUCAAUGCUUUCGGUAA